AUGAAAAAGCUAAAUUCCUUUCUUUGGUAUGGAUCUUAUGGUAAUACAGUUUAUAUGAGCUAUAAUAUCAGUGACAACAAAUUCUUAAUUGUUAAGAUGAUUCUGAUGAUAUAUUUGAUGUUCUGUUUUGUCUUAAAUUAAUAUAACUACUUUGGAUAAGGUUAUUUUCUAUAGUUUGUGUAUUUAACAAUAUGGGGAUUUUACACAACAUUCACUUACUUCUUGCUAAGUUUAAUUUAUGGUUUUUACGUUUACUUAAAAAAAAAGAACGAUUAAUAAUUUGAGCCAUCUUUUAACUUUUUACCUAAACUGAUUAAUAUCUUAUUUGAAAUUGCCUUUUCUAUAGAGCUUACAAUAACAGUUUUAUUCUGGGCUCUUGUAUUUCCUACAAAAUCUCUUGGUGCAUGGUAACUAUUUAAUACUUCAAAUUUCCAUGGUGGUAUGCUAAUUGCUUUAUGGAUUGAUAACAUGUUUAAUUGUAUUUAGUUUAGAAAAAGUCAUUUACUUCCUUUUGUAGUUUAUGCUAUUUCUUAUAGCUGUGUUAAUUUCACUUAUGUUUUAACUGCAAAUAAAGAAAUUUACCCUGGAUUAAACUGGGUCACUUUAUAUAGCUACAUUGAAUUACUUUUAGGAGCAGUAUCAACAAUGAUCCAUUAUUUUAUUGGAUUUUAUCUAUUCAAAAAAGUAAAAAAGUAAUAUCUAUCUCAAAGAGUCGAAAAGAAGUGUUUGGUAACUUCAAGUGAAGAUAAUGAUAACGAGUGUACUCUUCAAAAUAAUUUAACAAAAAAAACACCUUUUUUAGAGUCUAAAAAUAAAGAAUCAAUAGAUUCCUAAAAUUAUGUUUGA